GUUUAGUGGCUAUCUGCAGACUCGAGACAGGCAGGAACACUCUUGGGGAUUCACAGAGGGCAAGGAUGGUGUCUGUCUCCCAGUCACCUGGUGAGCCAUACAGGAGGCUCCUUCCAUUGUUCCUGGGCCUGAGGAACAGGAAUGUGUCCUUUGUAUUGGACACCUCAGAGGCCAUGAGCACUGCUCUGGGGUCAGUGAAGCGCCUGCUCAUCCAGACCCUGCUGAACAAGGCAUCCCUCAGAGACUCGCUCUUCAACAUCAUAGGCUUCUCAUACAAGGUAACCCGUUGGUCUGAGCACAUGGUGCCCUGUGCUCCAAACACUGUCUACGAGGCUCUAUCCUGGAUUCACUCCCUCAGCUCCAGCCCCGGUAGGGACCUCAUGGCUGCCCUGAGUACAGCCUUCAGCGACCCAGCCUGCCAUGCCGUCCACCUGGUCACCACCGGUCUCCCUGACCACCCAGAGGAACUCCUCCGGGCCUUGUCAACCAUGGCAGGGGAGAGGCCAGUCCAUGUGUUCCACCUGUCGCUAUCUAACCCCAGCAGCAGCUCUCUGGACGGCAGGACUCAGGACUUCAUCCAGUGUCUGACUCACGCCACAAGAGGGAGCUGUUAUGUUCUCCCUGUCGGGAUGGAUGGGGCAGUAGAGCAGGUGAUUCCAUUGUACACUGCUGAGAGCCAGCCCUCAGUGCCGACCUGUCCUCCAGUGAAGUCCUGCAGUCAGUCCACCUCUGUUGUUCCACUACAGCCUUUACUGCCCUUAUCUCCUCUCAGGUGUAUGCUUGGUAAUCCCUUCUGUCCAGUUAGUAGCUGUGUGUUGUCAGGGAGGGCCCUGUCCGUAUGCAGCACAGAGUUUCUCCCAGGCUGCCGUGUGUUGGCCAGGAGGGAGCUGGAUGGCCUUUACUACUUGGGCACUGUAACGCAGCUAGUCCAGGGUCGAAGAGGAAUGUACGUGGUUGAGUUUGACAGGCCGGCGACGAGGAGACCCGAAGGGGGAGACGAUCACGCUAUGAGGAUGUCCCAGCAACAGCAGCUAGUCUGCUCUCCAGACAUGCUGAACCACACUCGGGCCCACACACACUGUCUGGUCCCUGGGGAUGCAGUGUUGUCCCCGUGGGAACCUGACCUGAGGAGAUAUGGUCCGGGGAGAGUGGUCUCCGGAAUGGAAACACGAGAUUCAGUGACAGUAGAGAGUGGGAAGGGGCUCCAGGUGCUGCUGUGGAAUGGUAGGUUGAUGCAGGUGCCUGGGGAUCUAGCUGUGUGGAUCCCUGCUUCUCAGCAUGAGCGGAUCGUCAGGGAGCUCCAGCGAAUUCCUCUGCCGCCAUGCUGCAAUGACAAUUUGCUCCAUGUCCACAGCACCAUGUGGGCUCCCUAUCUGUACUGCACUGGAACACAGUGCUGUCCAUCAGCAGGUGGACCAUGCCAUUGUCAAAUCAUGCAUCCAUGGUGGCCACUGAGAGUUCCGCCUUCUCAUGUGCAUGGCCUGAGAGAGAGGGAGGAGCUAGAGAGGAAAAAGCAGCAAGACAGGGCAGAGCUAGAGAAGAAGGUGGACCUCCAGUUGGGAGAGCUCAAGGAAACUAAAGAGGUCGAACCUGAGACAUCUUCAUCCCUGUCGGGUGAUGAGGAAGCUGGGGCCAUAGGGGGAAAGUCUGUCAGCCUCUUGGCCAGCACAGAGCCCUCUCCCCUGGACAAGCUGUGGCCAGAACACGGCCGACCUGCCUGGAGGUACUGGAGGAGAAGCCAUCCAGAGCCACAGCACAGACAACCAGAGAAAGUACCAAGGGGGAAAAUCCAGUCUAUGGAAAACAGCUACCCUGACGUCGAGAUCAGUGGCUCACCUAAUCACAGCUCCAUGUUUCAGCCACUUCCUGGCUGUGAGAGGAGGGUGACCAUCAGGGAUGUGUUUGGCCUGACAGACUCCAAACCUCGCCCAAAAACGAGACUGCAGUUAACCGCUGGCAACACGAUCACAGGUGUUUAUACAUGAUGGUUUUGACUAUUGAAGACGAAUCUUGUGGGGUCUAACUCCCACACCUGUAGAAAUACACAUUUUCGAGCUGAAAGACAAUGCCCAGGGCUUACCCAUGAUGUUGCACAACAGUGUAAGUCAAUAAGUCAUAGUUUUAGUCAAAGUAUGAUAUAUUUGAGCUUGAAGUGCUAGAUCCAAACAUGUGACUUCGGGUGUUUCCGUGAGUCUUACGUGUCUUUUCAAAUGAAGAUGACGUGCUAAUUACUUCCAGCCUACGUUUCAUUUCAGGGCUAGGUUUCCACUUGAUAAAGUCAAAAUUGGCUACAUCUUAAAACUUCAUGAAAACAAAAAUGAGCUUUUUGUCCUAAGGUUAUGGUUAGGCUAAGGUUAGCAGUGUGGUUAAGGUUAAAAUGAGAGUUCAGUUUAAAAUCUGAUUUUAAGAAAAUAAAAUGUAGAAAUAGACAGGGUUUAUGGCUGUGGCUGUGUUAACUAGUGACGACCCUACACUUGACCGCCUUGCCAUGGAGCAAAUUAAAAUGCAAAAACUGUUCACACCUCCCCCUUUAACAGCAAAUUACCAUAAUCGAUACAUUUCACUUAUUGAGCUAGUCUGCCUGUCACAACUGAAAUGGUGCUCACAUAACUUUCAUGGGCUGGCUAAGGUUAGCAUGCUAGCUAGUUACACUGACAGCUGUCAGUCAGUUCCCUAUUUGUUGAUAUUUCUCUGCUACAUGUGGAAAUCACCACAAUCCCAUCCCCAAUUCCUGAAUGCGUAUUAGCAGCCUGCGUCAGUCUUCUAGGUGGAACCUAAACAAGAAUGUACACUUUAGGAGAGGAAUUACUCGAAAUAGGGGCAACAACUUCCUCGGAGGUGGCUUUUAAACACUUGCUUGAGUUGACAAAAACUGUGCCAAAAACAAAUUACCAUUGAUAUA